GAUUUGGAUAUUAAAGAAGCAGUGGCAAUGUGGGGAUCUGAAAAUCAUUAUCCAUCAGAAGCAGUAUUCGUACCACGUCCUGGAAAAAUCAAUGAUGAGGAUGAUGGUGUGUUAUUAAGUAUUGUAUUUGAUAGUGAAAAUAAUAAAAGUCUUCUUUUGAUACUUGAUGCGAGAACAAUGAAUGAAUUGGCAAGGGCUGAUUUACCCCAAGUUGUGCCAUUAAGUUUCGGUCAUGGAGCUUUUAAAAGGAUUGAUUA